AUGGCGGCGACGUCGACGUGCAGCCAGUCAAUGAGGCGUCUACGUAUCUAUGGUCCUGUACCGUUCAGUGUUCAUAGAGCUGUGUUAGCCUCCGCUACCGUCUGGUCUCCUUCUCUGUCUCUGGUCUGAGUGGUUUCAGAUGUCAGAAACCCAGCAGCUGAAUAAAGAAGAAGGAACCCUGGAGCAGCAGGAGAGGAGCCCCAGCAUGGACCAGAAGGACUGGGACCCCCCCCACAUUAAAGAGGAGGAACUGUGGAUCAGUCUGGACGGGGAGGAGGCCGAUCCCACUAAGUUCCCCUUCAUUCCUUUCCCUGAGAAGCUGCAGUGGGGCUUCGGUGUGGACCAGAGGGACACGGAGCCCCCGCAUAUUAAAGUGGAAGAGCAGCUUCAAGGAUUGGAGGAUGCUGACACCACCCACUUCCCCUUCACACCUGUCUCUUUGAAGAGUGAAGAUGAUGAAGAGAAACCUCAGACCUCUCAUCUUCAUCAGAGACAGAGAGGAGAGGAGAAAAGAGCUGAUGGAGAGGCAGAGAAAGACUCUGAGUCAGAUGAUGUGACCGAGGAGUCCUCUGACUCUGAGGCUGAAGCCUGCGAUGAUGACCAGAAGGAUCCUGAUGGGAAACCGUUCCACUGCUCUGUGUGUGGGAGCGGUUUCAGCCAUAGAAGAAGUCUGAAUGUUCACAUGAGAAACCACAAAAGAGUCAAAGUUUUUUGUUGCUAUAUUUGUAAAAAAGCUUUUUCUCAGAAGUCAGGGCGGGGCAAGCACAUGAAAACUCACGCUGGAGAGUGGCCAUUCGAGUGCCAGUACUGUAGCAGAACAUUUCAUCACAAAGGAUCUUUAAGACGUCACAUGAUGCUCCAUCCUGGGUGGAAACCGUAUCCCUGCAGUAGCUGUGGAGACAAAUUCAGAUCAAAGAAACAGCUUAAAAUCCACCAUUGUACAUGGAAGACAUCCCACCCUACCAUGAAGAGAGAGACAGAAGAAUGUGAUGCAAUGUUUGCUGACAACAACCUGCUGGUGACCCACAUGAAGAUGCACAAGAGCAAGAAGCUGUUCAUCUGCACAGUUUGUGGCCACAGAUCGCCCUCUAAAACUCACCUGGAGGUACACAUGAGAACGCAUACUGGAGAGAAACCAUACAGCUGCCCCUUUUGUGACAAAAGAUUCUCACAGAGCGGACUCAUGAGGCAGCACAUGGCCGUCCACCUGGGGGAGCAACCCUACCGCUGCUCUGACUGUGGGAGAAAGUUCUUCUGGCAGUAUCAGAUGAAGAAUCACAAGUGCAGCAGAACGCCCUUCUACAGAAGAUUUUAUGAUCAGAGCUAUAAAAAAUCAGAACUUGCAAACUCAAACCUGGAUGCAGAAGAUCCUGACAACACUGACGCUGAUUUUUGGAAAGGAACAAGAAAAUAUCACUCAGGUUUUACGUAUCAGAGACAUAAAAAAGUCUCCGUUAACAGUGGGAGUAAUGUUAGAGAGGAGAACUUUGGUGGUUCUUCUGAUAUGGCCAAAAAUGAACUAAAGAAGCAGAACACUGUUGACAUUGAUUUAGGCAAUCGAUUUAAGCAAUCUAACUCUGGCCUGAAGUUUCUGAAAAGGGAGGAUUCUUUUACUGGUAACAGGACUUCCUCAGCCAGCGUUUCUGCAUCUAAAAACACCGACUCUCUGCACACGAACAAGAAGUGUGACAAAACUGAGCAACCGUUUAGCUGUCCAUACUGUGGGGAAGGAUUCACAACAGGAGGAUGCUUUACAAAACACAUCCAUGUCCACACGGGAGAGAAACCACUCAGGUGUGUUGUUUGUGAGGAAAUAUUUACUAAGGAGUCUGAGUUACUCAGUCACGUUUGUGUUGGAGAAUCUUUAGAGCCUUAUCAGAGCGGGACUGAAGGAGAGAGUCCAGCCAAGAAAUCCUUCAAGUGCUCAUUUUGUGCCGAAGAGUUUGGCUGUAAGGACGAUCUGCUGGUGCACAUGAGAGUUCAUACUCAGGAGAAACUAUUCAACUGCUCAGUUUGCAGUCAAAGGUUUCCUAAGCAGGAGGAUUUAAGUUUUCAUUCCCCAUGUCACACUGUGGAGAAACCUUUCUGCUGCUCCGUGUGUAACAAAGACAUCACUUACGACUCUUUGAUUGAACACAUGAGAAUCCACAGCAGACAAACGCAGCUCAGCCUCUCAGUCUGUGACAUGGAGGUCCACAGAGCUGAGCAGAUCCACAGAGACUGUGACGAGACGAUCUUUGGUUCUGAUGGAAUAGAAGAACAUGAGUCAGGCAAAGCACCUUCAGAUCCAGAGAGACAUUUACAACCAGAGACUUGGGAGGAAACUAAAGACUCUUCAGAAGAUAAGGAGACAGAAGAACACCUGCCAGGUUUUACCUCUCUCAAGACAGCAGCAAUAUUUAACUCGCACAAAGACUUCUUCUCUCCACACAGAUAUCCUGUCCUGAAGAUCCACAGAUACAUUCCCACAGGAGAGGAACUCCUCCAUGGAUCUGACAGAGGAAGUCUGGGCCCAGAUGUGAAGGCUGACAACGGGAUAAGGAGACGAGUAAAACAGGAAAAUACUGAGCCUCCAUGUAUAAAGGAGGAGCUGGAGGAGGUCCAGAUCAGUCCGCCUGAUGCCACCCUCAAUCUAGUCUCUGUGAAGACUGAAGAUGAUGAGGAGAAACCUCAGACCUCACAGCCUCAUCAGAAACAUGAUGAAGAGAUGGAAACAGUCUUUGGUUGUAAAGGUCUCUCCGAAUCUGGGUCUUUCUCUGUCUCUGCUCAUCCUGAGGUCAAAACUGAAGACUCCUGUGACACUGAUGACAGUGAUUUUUGGAAAGAGACCAGAAGACCAGAUCCAGGGUCUAACUCUGCCAAUAAAACCUCAGUCUGCUCAGACGGUAAAGAUUCAGGAUCUGAGAGUGAUUUUUGGGAAGAAAGAAAGAAGAAGCUGCCAUCAGAUUCAAACUCUGUGAAGAACGAUGUCUCUUCCUCAGAUGAGAAGAGUCACACUCAGAAGAAAACACACAGCUGCGCCACCUGUGGGAAAAGUUUUGAUGCAGUCAGGUAUUUGAACAACCACAUGAGGUCUCAUCAAGAACGGAAAGCCUUUAUUUGCCCUGUCUGUGGUCUAAAAUGUCUCUUCAAGUCCCGCUUGAGGAUGCACAUGUUGACACAUUCAGGAGAGAAACCAUUCAGUUGUCCCGUGUGUGGGAAAAGAUACGCCCAAAAGGCAGGUAUGAAUGCCCACCUGGAGACCCACAGUGAGGAGAAGAAACACAGGUGUGACGUCUGCGGCCUGAACUUUGCUUGGUUUACUGAGCUCAAAUACCAUCGGUGUGUCAGGAAGUCCUCAGGGGAAAACCCCGCCUGGACCAAGACCAUGUCCCCUCUGUCAGCAUAAACAUGGAUCAGUUCUCUGUCUGAGACCUGGUCUGAUAAAGGACCAGAAUCUUUGAGGAUUAACUCUUAAAUUAAGCUUCACUCAUUUGUUAUUUUGGGGCUUUAAUGAUUUUUUUACUAGAAAGUUUUGGAAUUGUUCCUUUAGAUCACCUCAGCCAGUCUGCGACAUGUUUAUACAGAACAUUUCCUUCUUUACAGGCAGCAGGUUUAGACUGGACUCUUGGUUUAUUCUUUACAAAGACAGGUGAUUUGGGAUUAACAGUAUAUUCAUCAUAAUAAUGAUAUCAGACAAUAUUAACCCCUUAAAGCCUGGAAACACCAAUUAUAGCUAGAAAAUUCUAUUUUUUGUGGGUGGGUGAUAUUUUGACCUUUUUAACCAGUUAUUUUGUAUUUUAUCUCAUAUUUUCAACACCAAACUUUGACUUCAUAAUCCCAUAGUUUGACCUUUUAG